UAACAACUGCUAUGAUGAGACUGCAAUGAUGCCAAAAAUUAACUAUUUCUUCUAUGUUUUGUUAUUUGGUACUUAUUUAAAACCUCUAUCUGGAUACAUGCAAUACUAAAAGAGAUAGCCUUAUUCACGUUAGUCAUCUUCACAAUCACUUAGUUAUUCACUAAAUUGCAAUUUAAUCUCUCUCAGGAAUUGAGAAUGAGGAAAAUAGAUGUCCACAAAUGGCAGAGCCACAAUUUGUUUGCCACAUUUUUGCUUUCUGACAGACCAUAAACCAAAGUCUGUACAAAGAAAAUGUUUUAUCUAAAAAAGAAACAUAAGCAGAUUCCUUUUCCUUGCCAAAGCAGAUGAAAACCUUCACAUAAAAGCUUAAAAAAACUCAGUAAGCCCCGAUGAUCUGCAAAAUCAUGUUCAUGGAGCAGUUACCCUGAAAACCACAAAGAUCACAUGGCAUGGAUUUCCGUUUUGACACAUUUUGUCUGCAUGCAAAGCAAGGUAUGGUUUUACAAGUCUGUAACUCUUGUCGGUUAUGCUGAUUAGGUAUCCACCAUUCCCCCCAAAAUGACUUUCAGAAGACUAAUAAAAAAAAACAGCAAUGACAAUUAUAUUUUGGAAGACAGACGUAAAAGUAGUCAAUAUCCUGUAUUUUCAGUCAGUAGAGAGACGGACAAUAAACAACUUCAGACGCUUGUAACAACACUUGGGACGUUGCCAAGGGGGCACAAACAGCUGACUCGAUGUCAAUCAAACUCACUGGUGGAUUACACUGACUCUCCAAGGACAGUCAUUAUUUUAGAAAAACAAGACAAUGAAACGUUUGGAUUUGAAAUUCAGACAUAUGGUUUGCAAUAUCAGAACAGCAACUCUCUGGAGAUGUGUACCUUCAUUUGUAAAGUUCAUGAAGACAGCCCAGCUGAGGCUGCAGGGUUGACAACUGGUGACAUUAUAGUAAGCAUCAAUGGCAUCAGAUCGGAAGGGUUCUCUCACCAGCACACUGUGGACCUGAUAAAAGCUUCUAGUAACUGUUUAAGGUUGGAGACCAUUAAUGGAACAGCUGUCAAAAGGAUUGAACUUGAAGCCAAGCUGCACUUCUUACAGAAAACCUUACGUGAGAAAUGGGUGGAGUUCCAAAAAUUGCUGUUACAAGAACAACGCCUUUCUCAGGGAAACCUAAAUGGAUGUAAUCCCCAAGAUGCACUGGAUUCCCUUUCAUCUCCCACACCGAGCAUUGGUGCUGGCAGUGCUACAUUCUCCCCGGCUCUGCGAUUCAAGCACAGGUUUUCAAGUAACAGCAGCUGUAAGAGCCAGCUAAGUGUCAUGACAGACGACAGUGAUGACCAGCAAUAUGUGUUUGAGGACUUGGCGGCAAGCCCCUGCAGGCAAGCAAGCGUGGAUGAUGAAUGCUUUUUUCCCAGGGACAGUAAUGCAAUGGGGGUGAAGGCUUCAGUGACCAGAACCAGAAGCGUUAGCCUGGCAAGCAGUAACAGCGAAUCUGGAUCACCUUCAUGGGACAUGCCGGGUAAUGUAGGUUUGUUUGGGACUCUUCCAAGGAAAACGAAACGAGGAAGUGUCAGGAAACGUCUUUUGAAGUUCAUCCCAGGUUUGAACCUCUCAGUGGAGGAGGAAGAAACCCAUUAAUGUUACAGUAACUUUUUUUUAAAGUGCAACAGUAGAAGCACAUGAAGCAUUAGGGACAAGAGCAUUAAAAGGAGACAUUUGUUUAAUAUGUGUAUGUCCUGUUAUUAAAAAAAAGCAUCUGAUUGAAAUACUUUAGGAAUGAAAAGGAAAGCAAAUAUUUCUGCUUUAAAGGCUUGGCUGUCUGAACUUGCAAAAACAAUAGAAAUACCUUGAGUUAACCAACGUUGCCGCUGUGGAGCCUGAUAGGAUGUCCCUAACUAUGCAUUUAAACUGAGUAAAAGAGUCAGGAAACUACUUUUUUAAUGCAUUAAAACCUGUUUCUACUACAAAAACAUUUUGCUACUUAAACUUUGGAGCAUUUUGAAUGAAAGUUGUAUGAAUUCCUAAAAUGCAUUUGAUUCAUGACACGUGAUCAUUUGUCUUCUGAUGUAUGGGUCUUAAAGACUGAAGAACAGCAUUGUCUGGGAGCUUGCAAUACAAGUUAUGUGUAGUUUAAUCUGACAGGUGAAUGAGAUUAUCUAGAUUAUGUAAAACAGUUUCAGUGUUGUAUCCAAUGUUGUGGUCUCUGGGACAAUACAAGUUGAAUGGAAGGGCACACACUUAGAGAGUAAUGUAGUCAGAUGUCAGCCAGUGUGAUCAGAUAAUACCAUUCACACAGGAAGGGAGGGGUAACUGAAACGUAGCAACUCUCCAUUAAUAGACUAGCACAUCAGAAACAUCAUAUUUUAAGUAAAGCAUGCUUUUAUUACCACAAGGAUCUUAUCUAGUUUAACAUUUGUGCUGCUAAUAUUUGUAUUCUGUACUGUAUGCCUCUUUCUUGUGCUGUUAAACAUUGCUGACAGAUUACAUAACUGCACCUAAAACAUUUUAUAAGCAGGAAAAUGGCUGUGUAUUUCUAAUUGCUUCUCUAACAGCUGGUAACUAAAAACAGAAGCCUUUAAGAAGUUCUACAUUAAGGGAGACAUUACAUUUCUGUAGUUUGUAUGUUAAAAAAAGCUGCAAUUGCAAAAUAUCUGCAUUUUGUAAUAAACAGGUAGUUAUGCUGUAAACUA